AUGUCCUGUGAGAUUUACACUUUUAAGUACGAAGCGAACGACUGUGAAAAUACAUCGUUCGUCCAAUCAGAGACACGAACAAUAGGAUUUCACAAGAAUCAAUCAAUAAUGAAUAUACAGAAUACUUCAUUGGAAUACAGCGCGAAUACUUCAAUUGACUCCACAGACGAUUGCGUCCUUCCACAGACGCAUGGCGUGCUUCUUAUGAUAGUUAAUUCUAUAGCAGCCGUGGUCGGAACCUGUGGAAACAUUAUGGUUUGUAUUGCGGUACUCACGAGCACUCGUCUUCGUCGCAGCUCCAACUUCCUUCUUCUCAGUCUGGCCAUUGCUGAUUUGGUUGUGACGAUGAUCUGCGAGCCUUUGGUAGCUGCUAUAGUCGCUAAGAGAGCGUUUCUCCAUGAUUGUGCAUCCAGUCUGGAGCUUGCUUACGUUAUCGGCUCAAACCUCUCGUGCUCUGCAUCAGUCAUGCACCUGGCAGCCAUCAGUGUGGACCGUUUCCUUGCAGUCGUCUACCCUCUCCGCCAUAGACAGAUCAUGAACAGUUACGGUUUGAAGAUCAUGUUAGGAGUUGUCUGGGGCGUAUCUAUCAUUUUCGCUUCAUGCCGCAUUCCCUUCCUCAAGGAGACAUCUUAUCUGGUUCUCGUGGUGUUUGUUGUAAGCUAUGGCUUAAUAAUUAUCUGCUACGCGACCAUCGUGACUUUUCUUGUCAAAGAAAAGCGAAGAAAAAAUGAAAUCAGAGCACCACCCACAGUUGUUGUUAAUUCCAAAAUCGAGCGCCGUGUGGCGUUUACACUAGCAAUGGUAAUAGCUAUCUUCACCGCAUGUUGGCUGCCGAUGAUUGUCGUGUUCUUUGCUGCAGGUAAAUCCCUUGUUAAGAUGUAUGGCACUGCUUACAUGUGGAUCCGAUCCUUAGCACUUUCAAAUUCAGCCAUGAACUUCAUCAUCUACAGUGCAAGGAUUCGUGACUUUCGGGAUGCUUACGCCCUGAUAUGCCGAAAGACUCUCCACUGCAUGUAAUAAUUCAGUUGUUUUAGAGAGUAUUAAGGCUGGGGAUACGAACUAACUGUACAUGUUAUAGUCAAUCGUUAACUUCUGAGUAAAGAUCGGAAAAAGCAAUGAGAAAAUUAACGAUGUAGAAUGAAUCAAGAGGAUGCAACACAAACGAUGUGAAUAAGUAAAUUUAGAGGUAAACAGACAACAG